AUGGGCGCAAUCUCUUUCUCUUUCUUUGAUACCGUUACGUACACGCCUCCCGACGCCAUCUUCGAGCUCACAAAAACGUAUAAUGCGGAUCUCGCUGCUCGUAAAGUGAAUCUUGGCCAAGGAACAUACAAAGAUGAAAAUGGCAAUCCUUGGAUCUUGCCGGCGGUGCGGGCGGCCAAGGAGAAGAUCAAGGAAUCAAACCAUGAAUAUCUCCCGAUCCUAGGGCUUCCAUCUUUUCGGGUGCUGGCUACAGAGUUGGUCUUCGGAAAGGAUUCUGCAGUGAUUCAGGAGAAGCGGGUGGCUUCCUGUCAAGCAUUAUCAGGUACCGGGGCGCUGCAUGUAGCAGGGACGAUGCUCAUGCGGGCAUUUGGCCGCGACCGAACCGUAUACAUCACCAAUCCCAGCUGGUCUAAUCACCGCCAGGUUUUCGAAUCGGUAGGAUUCGGCGUCAAAGAAUUCAAUUAUUCCUUGAGUGGCGGCGUCGACAUGCAAUCAUUCCUGCAAUCACUCAACGAGGCAGCCCCAAAGUCCAUUUUUGUCUUUCAUGCUAGUGCUCAUAAUCCAAGCGGAUGGGAUCCUAGUCCAGAACAAUGGAAGCAGAUCGGUUCGAUCGUCAAGGAGCGGCAGCUUUUCCCUAUCUUCGAUGCUGCUUACCUGGGAUUGACGUCCGGAGACUACGAUCGAGAUGCAUUUGCCAUCCGGUAUUUUGCUGAGGAGAUUGGCCUUGAGAUUGCUGUUUGUCUUUCCUUUGCGAAAAGCAUGGGUCUAUAUGGCGAGCGUAUCGGCCUAUGUGCUUUUGUAUCGCGCACUCGUACACUCGCAACUGCAGUCGAGUCGACUUUAGCACAACUGAUCCGUUUUGAAAUCUCUAAUCCUCCGGCAUUCGGCGCCCGCAUCGUGGCUGCGGUUCUGGAAGAUGUGGAUAUUGAUGCCGAAUGGCGGCGAAAUCUUGCUACGAUGAGUUCUCGAAUUGCAGAAAUGCGGUUGCAGUUAUACCAAGAAUUGACUGAACUAGGGACCCCUGGAGACUGGAAACGUCUCAUGGAGCAAAAGGGCAUGUUCUGCAUUCUAGGUCUGACACCUGAUCAAGUACAGCAUUUGCAAAACGAAUACCAUAUCUACAUGGCCGAGAGCUCAAGAAUAUCUAUCCCCGGUCUCAAUCGGUCUAAUGUCCGCUAUGUGGCCGAAUGCAUCCAUCAGACGGUGAAGAGAUAA